UUGUUUUGCAGGUCAGAAACACAACACGGUGAGGAGAAGAAAAAAAAGAAGGGGGGAAAAGGGUACAGGGUGUGCUGUGCUUUUAUACACAGAGAAACUGCGAAGGGACAAAGACGAGUGUGAGAGUGUUCUGCGGCGAAGAGGACAAACACAGAGAGGAAUAUGCCUUCAGAAAAAACGUUUAAACAAAGGAGGACGUUUGAACAGAGAGUGGACGAUGUGAGGCAGAUCCGAGAGCAGCAUCCCAACAAAAUUCCGGUGAUCAUUGAGAGGUAUAAGGGCGAGAAGCAGCUUCCCAUACUGGACAAGACGAAGUUUCUGGUUCCUGACCACGUGAACAUGAGCGAACUCAUCAAGAUCAUCAGGAGGCGCCUGCAGCUGAACUCUAACCAGGCCUUCUUCCUGCUGGUCAACGGUCACAGCAUGGUCUCGGUGUCUGCGGCCAUUUCCGAGGUGUACGAGCGCGAGAGGGACGAGGACGGCUUCCUCUACAUGGUCUACGCCUCCCAGGAGACGUUCGGAGUGGCGCAGUAAAUCCUCCUCCCGAGUUUCUCUUUCGGACACUGAUACAAUCCUUCGCUCCCGUCCUCCUCGCUCCCUCCUUCCUCGCGCAGAUGCCAGACGCCACAGGACCGAGACAGACGUCUUUCCUGUCCGUUUUUUUUUCUCCCGGAGCCGAUUUCGGAUCUUCGUUUUUACUCUGUGUUUGUUCUCGCUGUAAAGGAGUCGUUCCUUCUGUCCCUCAACACACACGUCAGCUAGCCUCCGAGCGACGGCGUGGCCGCAGACACGUGUGUGUUUCCUGUCACCUUCGUCAGCGUCAGGUCCGAGUCUGAUGAGAUCUGAUUACUUUAUGGUAUAGAAGUUGUCGCGAGUGUGAGUGUCGCUAAUCUAAACCUAUAGCGCGAGCCAGGUACAGCUCACCGUCCAUUCGAAGCUUCACGCAGUUUUUAAAAUUUAAUUUUCAUUUUUAAUUUUCUUUAUUUUGUUCUCGCGGCUCAGAGGUCCGGAUCGAUCUCCGAGCUGUACAGCGAUCUGCAGGUUGGACGUCAUAUCACAAUAUUUUACUGGAGUUUUAUCCGAUUUUGCUGCUUACUGAAAAGAGAAGCCAGCAACUGUGAUGAUAAACUAUACACACACACACACACACAGCUGGCUAGACCUGAUCAUUAGAGCUGCAGCGAUCCCACACUGACGUAUCCUCUCGCGCUUUGUUUUCCGAUCCGGUUUUUCUGUGAAAAUAAUGCAUCAUAUUUUUCACAUAACAGACUCAGCCCUCGAACCGCACGACGUUACAGGUCAGUCUUCACACCACCACCUUUUCACGCCUCAGAUUUAAUACGCCAACAGAUCUACGAUGGUUUUCUGGGCGGAGUCUCGGAGGUGAUGCGUUAGAUAGGGGCAGGGCUAAGACAAAAUGGUACGAGUCACAACUGGGAAAAAAAGUCACAUGACGAUGUGAAUGAAGCGCCACACCUCUCACGCACACGUCUUUUAAAAACAGAUCCGCCCCAAGCUUCGUUUGCGCUAAAAAAAAAAACCCUAGGAAGGUCUCCAGAGAACCCACAGCGAAUCUGAUGAGAACUCCACCCUUUUAAAGAUAAAAGCUCCUCCCUCUUUUUCUUUUCUUUUUUAAAUCUGUCCUUACUUUUUUGUGGGUUGCUUCAGGCGACUAAAUCAAUAAAUCUGUAAAAGCCGAGCUGUAUGAUUACGUAAGAUUGUAUCUCAGAUGCUGAUCAUAUCAUGCGUUUAGAUCGAAACAGGAAGCAGAAAAAGGAAACAGAGCUGCUUUGUGUUUGGAACACAGCCAACAUCAUCGCUUCUCUUCCAUCGCAUGCUUUUUAGAGUUUUAUUAGAGCUUUAAUUGCGCCUUUAUUUACAGAUGUGUCCCGUGUGUGUGUAUAUAUGUACACGUGGCUGUGUGAAUGGAACCGAGCAGAACCGUACGACAAAAACACUUUAGAUGCCUUUUAUCUUUUGCAUUUAGCCUGAAUGUUUUUAUUUAAAAGAAAUGUUUCCUUGUAAAAAGAAAAUGUCGGUAUGCUAAACGUCUGUGUAAGGAACAAAGUCAAGAACUAAAUAAACCUGAUUUCUUGGAAA